GAAUACCGCGCGAAUCGAGUUGGUCGAGCUAGAGCUCCUCCGAGUUGUUCCUGAGGGAUCCUUGCUGCUUGACGCCUGGACGUUGCCGAGAGAAGAAUGUUACGAUCAAACGACGUGCAAAUGACGAUAAAUCCAUGACAAUGCAGAGAUCGUGUGGGAUGGCUGGCGAACGUCGGAGAGGUGGCCGGCGGUAGCCGCUGCUUAUGACCCUCUUACCUCUUUACCGUUUCUUCCUGCCAAGAACGACUACCGCGCCGUGAGGGACCCCGCGGCCCCGCGGAGGCCGCGUACUCCGAUGAGGAUUUCGGCGCGAUCAGUUUGCAUUUGCUAGCCGGUAGUCAUCUAGCGCGAGAGGCGCACCCCGGGACCGCUCCUCGAGAAACCCGCUCCCGCCUUUACGCGCGCGCGUCAAGUUUUCUUGUCGUCGUCGUCGUCGUCGUCGUCGUCGUCCAGCAUCAACCGCGUCGGCUUCUCGUCCACGGUCGAUCCGCCGCUUCGCCCAGGAGUUCGCCCGCCGCUUUCGUCCCCCUCCUUCCCGCGGAGGUCGUACCCGAUAAUCGAUCCACCUGUUAAGCCGUCAAUGAGAGCAGGAAGAUCGCGUCAAACGAUUCAUGGAUGAAAACGAAGAAACUAUAUAACUGUAGCUUCUACAAUAUAUGUAUACACGUAGACGCAUCUAAAUCGCUGACUCACUGCGGCUUUAUCGCCACACGGUGAAACUCCGGUGAAACUCGUCAUUACUACGUCAAAUUAGACAAUUUCUCUACGAGAAACUGAACGAUUUUGCACGGCGACAGAAAAGGCAUUUGCUCUGAUCACGGAGACACGACAUAGAAAAGAGCUGGUAAGAUGGAGGAGGAAGAUGUGAGGACGGCAGUGGAGCUGUACAUUUACGAUCUUACCAAGGGAAUGGCCACGAUGAUGUCGCGAAUACUUAUCGGUCGUCAGUUGGACGGAAUAUGGCACACAGGGAUAGUCGCAUACGGAAGGGAGUACUUCUUCGGCCCGGCCGGCAUCCAGAGUGUCCGACCCGGUGGCACGGAGUUACGGGAUCCGCAGAGGAUCGAGAAGCUCGGCGAGACUUACCUGCCCUACCCGGUCUUCCUGGAGUACAUAAACGGCCUGGGGACUUCCACGUUUGCACCGGGCACAUACAAUCUUUUCAAGCACAAUUGCAAUUCCUUCACCGAGGAAGUCAGCAACUUCCUGGUAGGCAAGGGCAUUCCCAAGUAUAUUCUUGAUCUACCAGAAGAAAUAUUACAAACACCUAUCGGACAAGCUUUAGGACCAUUGAUAGAAACAUUAAGCAGUAGCUCGAGUGCUGGAUUUACAGUCGGUCAGAGAUUCGUCGAGCCGCUAGGCUCGGUCCAGAGGGAAGCUUCGCCGGAAUAUCAACUCCUAAAUACAGCCAUCGAAGAAGCAAGGUUGAAUUCGAUCGCGUUAGAGGAACGGAGGAACGUCAUUAACGAGAAGUUAGCGAAGAAAGACCGGAAGAAGAAAAAGAAGAAAAAGGAGAAGAAAGAUAAAGGUAGCAGGGAGGCCACCGGCAGCGACAGCAACAGUACCGGACCGAGCAAUUGCUGCGCAGAUAUGGCGGAGAACGAGAGUGCAAUCGGGGAGACGCAGCAGCAGGCAGCUAAUGGAGAAAACGCGCCUGCGGAGAUGCUACCGUCUGAGCGAGUGAUGCAGAUGGAGGAGGAUGAGAAGCGCGAGCAAGAAGAGAAGAAACGCCGUCGAGAUCCACCGAUAGUAUUCAAAGACCUGAUAGAUGUGCGAAUGGAGUACGAAGGUUUGGUGAACGCCCUCAAAGGGAAGUUGAACGACGAGGAACAAACGUGCCUGGAUGAACUGCGGCAAUACGUCUUGGAGGACGAGGGUUCCUGGGCUCUAGGCGAUAACUUCUUGAACUUCGUUGGUCGAGUACUCUACGAUAAAUCGCUAGACAGUGACGUGCGAGUAAAACUGUUGAAUGUGCUGUCCGUCGCUGCACUGAAGGACGAUGUGAUUCUGUUGUUGCACCAAGACAGGCGGGAGCACAUCAUCAUGACUUAUGCCUUCGACAUCGAUCGGCAUCCGCCGGAGGAGCAACUUCCACUCGCACAGUUUUUGGCAAAUAUGUUCGAGAAUCUCAGUAGCUCGGAAUGGCUGCUCUACAUAUCAGAGUGGCAGCAUCAGGAUCAGAACAUCAGCAGCAAUAUUAGCAACAUAAGGGUGACGACCAAGGUUGCGGUGCACUCGCUGCUCUCAAAUUCGGAAGACCUGCAGAUCCGCGGUGCGGCCAUCAUCCACAACCUUGCCUGCAAGGAGAAAAUGAACAAAAGCAAAAAUCUGCGGCGACUUUUACCGAAAGGCAGCAUUUCUAAGGUGUUCGACGACGUCGCAGUGGAGCUGACGAUGGCGUUGCUGCAAUAUUUCAACGGCAGUCCCGCGGAGGAGCAGCUGUACACGUGCAUGAAGUCGCUGGCCCGCUUCACGCAGAUCAGCGGCCAAGAGGUGCCGCAGCUCAUACAGAUGAUCGGACCCGAACCGAACAAAUUCAGGGGUACCUCUCAGAGGAUUGACGAGCAGAUCGAACAAGUUAACAAGAAGCUACGCUAAAUGUCGACCAUCUGCGAAAAUGUCGUGUUUACAAGUGUGAGAUAAAACCGGACACGCUUCCAUUAUGUUUAAAAUGGAUUUUUAGAAAUUCUAUCGAGUCAUAUUUAAUAUUAUUAUUAUAUAUUAUUAUUUAUGAAGAUUAAUUAUUGUUGUCAUUUUAAUAUUAUUGUACGUAUAUUAUUAUUAUUAGAUUGCGUGAGACGCCGCAGCGUUUCUUUAACUUCACUUUACACUUUUUUAUUCGACACCUUUUCUUUUUGUAGAUAAUUAAAGAGUAACACGAUUUUACGCGACACCUUGCCGUUCUACGCGAAGCGGUGAAAGAUAGGAAUGAAACGCGUGUGGCGCGAUUACGCGCCCGCCAUGUGCGCCACUAUCUCCCGAUUUAAAAAAUUCUGACUGGUAGCGUUAGAAGAUUUCGACGAAAUCUCCAAAUUAGCUGUAUCGGUGUAGUAACGGUGUGUCGCUUACGCACGUAAGCGACACGCCGUUGUCGCGCUCUACCGAUUAUACGUCCGUUCUUCGUACGACGCUUUUCGUCGAUGCGAAAUAAAAUUUUGGCAACAAA